AUGCGAUGCAUUAUUUUCGUCAUUUUUUUCACUAAUGGUGCAGUAACUUCGGUGAGUAAUGAGGAUCAUCAGAUUGUCCUCACCGCUCACGGAAUGAGCAUAGAAGACGCCAACAAUCGGAUCGUAAUACCCAUACGAAAUGGCCACAUUCCACCUCUACCAUGUGUUAUGGCUAACGCUGGCACUCAUAAACACGGUGAGACCUUCACUCUCAAGAAUUUCCACUAUCAGUGCCAUAAUGGAACAGCUGAAGUUGUUGCUUGCAUUGCCGAUGACCAGUCAGUAAUUCAGCUUGGACGCACUUUCAUAAAAAAUGGGAUGAAGCAUAAAUGCUCGAUCAUUGGUGAUUCAGUCACCUAUGAGCAAGAAACAAACCUCAUACUUCCAGAAACUGUCAUUUUUUUCACAGAGGCGAUGUGCUUCGACAAUGGAAUUCAGUAUUCUAUCGGUGACAUAUUUCGCAACGGUUCGUUCCGACUCACCUGUGGACGAGAUGGAAUCGUCAUUGAAGGGUGUUAUUUACAAAAUUCUAUCGACUACUUGAUGACCGGUGAGUCGAGAAUUAUUGGACGAGAGCGUCAUGAAUGUGAGAUACUAGGCGAUGGGAAGGUACGGUACCAGGUUAAAGUAAUUGGUUGCGUUUGGGAAGGCGAACACUACAGCAUUGGUCAGGUGUUUACUGAUAAACAUGUACGAUAUCAGUGCAAUAACGACGGCUCGUUGGAUGUUCUGGGUUGCGUUGAUGAUGGAGUGUUUCUCGAUCUCGGUCGUGAUCUCUUGAUGAACGAUUCAAAUGUGAAUACGGUCGAUCCCUUUCCGAAUGCAUUACGAUGUCGAACAGUGCGCUUGCACGACGUCUUCGCCGAUGGUGAUUGA